UAAAGGUGUUCGAUAUUAUUGUGGUGGUGUUAACGCUGCUCGCUGAAUUAUGCUGAAAGGGCCCGUGCGAAGGAGUCCGUCGCCGUUUUUAAAAGGAUGGUGGGCUAAGCACGGAUCGUUAAAAAGAAAAAGGGAAAGGCUUUAAGCUCUGGAUUGUGCGUUCAGAUUUUAUUUCCAGAACCGUUAAAUCUAUUUUCCGGAAAGAAACGCCUGAGUUAGAUCGAGAUAAGGUCGAGAAAAACGUCAGAUCGCUUACGCGUCGGGGAGAUGUCGGCGGCUGCGACUGCGACUCGGGUAAAAUUGCAAUCCAGCGGGAAGAAAACGGAGAUCUCGACCUCGAAACAGAAGUCCGUGACUGUGGAUUCCAAGCUUGCGGUGAAAGGGAAGGCAAUUACAACCACCUCAAAGGCUACCACAACAACUACUACAGCAGUUAAGGUCAAAUCUGCAAAAAAAGUCUAUACUCUGCCUGGGCAGAAGUAUGAUCUUCCUGAAGAGAGAGAGCCAUUGAGGAUAUUCUAUGAAUUAUUGUCAAAGCAGAUUCCAACAAGUGAGAUGGCCGAAUUUUGGAUGAUGGAACAUGGCAUGCUGUCUCCUGAUAGAGCCAAGAAGGCAUACGAAAGAAAGCAAAGGAAGCAACAUCAGCUGCGAACAGGAACUCCAAUUAAAUCUCAAAAGUCUGACAGGCCAGAAAGCUCCAAGUCGCAACUAUCGAAGAACAGCGACUCAAAAGCAAAGAAAAGAGUCGAUUAUAGUGACAGUGAUGAUGAAAUCAUCAUAAAACACAAGAGGUCAAAAUUUUAAUCGAAUAUAUCAUUCACAUAAACGUUCGCAUUCUUACUUUAUGGUUGCCAAAGGCAUGUAACUUAUGAGCAUUUGAUCUUGUGGGAGCAAUUUACUUAUUUAUUUGUUAGGUAAGAAACAUGAUGUUCAACCAGUACUCGACAGCAAUAAAACACUAAUUGAACUCGUUUUUUAUAACCCA